UUAAUAAAGUGAGCGUAUCUUCAAAUUAGUGGAGUGUUGAGUGUAAUUUACCAAAAAUUGAGCACUUAAAAAGCUAUAACAACUAUUGAUGCAAAGAAGGAAAAGUUCCCUUUCAAAAAUAAUUGCAAUUAUUUUAACCUAAUUUCACUUUUUGCAUCUACACUGUUCCUUUUUCAACAAAUCAAGAAUUCGCACAAAUUUCUUCGGUUUCUCAAAUUUGUGUUCUCAUUUUUUCAUCUCUUUUUCUGUCCUCUAGCGCUAUACUAUCCGGAUUAUUUACACGCAAGUUUUUGAUUGAACAGUGUUGCAAGCAGCAGUAUAUAAAAAGUAUGGGGAUUAUAAAAGAUGGUUCAGUGUCAGGAAUAUUACCCGCUAACAAGGUCUUUGUCGUACAUUACCCUGCUUACCCUUCUUCAAUGGAACGUGCUGUUGAGACUCUUGGCGGCAUUCAAGGCAUUGUCAAGGCUCGUACUUCACAGUCAAAUAAGCUGGAGCUCCAUUUCCGUCCAGAAGAUCCUUAUUCACACCCUGCCUUCGGGGAGCUUAAGCAUAGCAAUAAUUUCUUGCUGAAAAUUUCCAAGACUAAAGUAAGGGAUGUCGAUAGUAGUUGUGGGAUAUCGGGACAAUCUUCAAUAAGUCCUGUUAACAGUGAACAAGAAAAUUCACAUUCAUUAGCUGCACAGAAGGUGAAUGAGUCUAGAUGUUUGAAAGCUACUAAUUUGCAGGAGCAUCUCUCGGCUAAUAUUGUUUCUCAUGUUGCUGAAGCUUAUCAUUUUAAUGGAAUGGUAGACUAUCAGCAUGUUCUUGCUGUUCAUGCUGAUGUUGCAAGAAGAAAAAAGAGACAGUGGGCAGAGGUGGAACCUAAAUUUGAGAAGGGAGGUCUUAUGGAUGUCGAUCAGGAGGAUUUGAUGAUUUUACUACCUCCUCUGUUCUCCUUAAAAGAUAUGCCUGUAAAUAUUGUAUUAAAAUGUUGUGCAAGUUUGAGCUCGAAAAAAAAACAGGACGAACUUGACCGGCAAAAUUGGGAGAGGGAGAUGGAGAUGGAGAUGGAGAUGGAGCGGAGUCUUGCCAUUGAUUUUAAUAUCAAAGAGGUUCCUAAACCUGUGGAUUGGGAAAAGAUCAUAAUUCAGGGCUCAGAUGAUUGCAGAUGGCAGAAAGCGGUAUAUGAGUUGUUUGAAGAGCGUCAAAUAUGGGCCAAAGAGUCAUUGCCUGAGCGCUUGCGUGACGGGGGUCUGGAGGUUGGAGAGAGCAAGCUCAAAAAGCUUCUUGUUAGAGUUGCAUAUUACUUUUUGAAUGGGCCUUUCCGUAGAUUCUGGAUAAAAAAAGGGUAUGAUCCUCGGAAGGAUCCUGAAUCUCGCGUAUACCAGAAUAUUGAUUUCCGAGUACACAACCCUAAAUUACGAAGCUACUGUGAGAGCCAAUUAUCAUCUGGAUUGAAACAUAGAUGGGAUGAUAUAUGUGCCUUCCGAGUUUUUCCGUAUAAAUGUCAGAUGUCAUUGCAGCUUUGUGAACUCAAGGACGACUACAUUCAACAAGAAAUCAGGAAACCCUCAAAUCAAGAAACUUGCGAUAGUACAACAGGAUGGUUCUCCUCUCAUAUACUUGAUUGCUUGAGGCUAUGCAUUGCUGUGAGAUUUAUGUCAGUAUGCCCUCAUCCUGAUGCAGACUCUUUACUAAAAUCUUUCUCUGCCCGCUUUGAAAAGUCAAAGAGGAUUUGCAAUUAUGUGAAAGUUGCAAGACCUGAAGAGCAAGAGAAAGUCAAUAAAGAAGCGGAAAACAAUGAAGUCGAUGAACAAGAAGAAAACUAUGAAAUUGAUGAACCUCAUGUCUCAGAAGAUGAUGAAGAUGAGUUUGAGGAUGAUGAUGUUGAAGAUGAGAUGGAUGCAUACGAAUCUCUUGACCUUGUUGGCCAGGAAGGGGAUGUCUCUCUGCAUGAUGAUCCACAAACAAACCAUGAUAACGUUUCUAGAGAUUACUUGCAAGAGCUAUUUGGUAACUUUCCAGUCAAUACAGCGGGGGUGGAUGAAGUGCAAGAUGAUCAGAGUCUUGGUGAAUAUCAGAUAUAUGACCAAUACAUCGAUGGCUCUUAUUCCGAAGAUGAUGACUACUAAGAUGUCUUUGGUAUAAUGAUAAGAAGCAGUCGAGCAAUACCAGAAGAUGAACUGCUGAGUGAACAGCUGCCUUCACAGUAGCAGUUGCUACAGGGAAAGAAGCUUUUUGGCAGCCUUCUUCAACUUGAACUCUGCACCAAGUUCUGCUCAAGUUUAUUAGAAUUGGAUAACUUGUCAAGUUUUUAUAUUUAUAAAUAGUACUAGUAAUAUAUAAUCUUAGUGUUCCACAUUUUGAUAAUCUCAACAAGUUUGGUUUGGGAUUUAAAGAACAUCUUGUUUUAGAGAACAUCUAAUUUGUCUUGAAAACAAACUUUUCCUUAUUGAAGCUAAAUAGGACCAUAUAGAGUGAAACAAAUAUAGGUAAUUCCUUUAGCCAACACCAACUAGUUUGGGAUCGUGUCACGUUUUUUUCUUUGUAGUACUUAACCUCAUACUUCACGUCACUAAAUUUCUACUCUUUUUUUUUUUUUUUUUUUAAAUUACUAAAAUGUCAUGGCACUAAUGGACAUUUAUCUAAAACCUAACAUAAUAAAAGUAAAUGAUUCACAUAGAAGAUACCAACUUGUUGAGGUUAAUCCAUAUCCAAGUAGAGAUAAGAGUGACACUUAGAGAAACUGUAAUUUUCCUUAAAAGGCAAUAUUUAGUAUAGGAAUGGAAUCAACCUGAAUAGAGUGAAAAAGAUAUAUAGGAUCCAAUAUAGCUGACCCCAAUAUUUAGAGGAUGAUUUUAAUGCGAUAAAUUUUGCUGAUGUUUUCGAUAUAGUCCCCCUUUUAAUAGAGAGGAGGCAGGCAGAAUCUUCUCGCAUCAGGGAGAAGUAUCCAGACAGAAUACUGGUAUGAUAUCUUCUGUUAAAGCUCUUGCCCUUCGUUGAUGCUUCAGUACCCUUAUCCCUCAGUGCUAUGUUUCCACAUUCAAGUGAUUGUCGAGAAAGCAGAAAAGGCUGAUAUCUCUGACAUUGAUAAGAAGAAGUAAGUUGCUUCUGCGACUUUCCAUGAGGGUGAUUGUUAAGAAUAAAGCGCUCAGUUUUAAGCUCUAUAGUUAUAACAUUAAAAAUGCAUGUUCAAAUCCAUUCCAACCAUAUAUGUGCAAGUUGCUCUUAUAGUUUGUGUUCUCUUUCAUGGUUAUAAUUUGACUUCUAGGUACAUGAUAUCUGUUUUACUUCAUGUAUUUUUAUUUUGAUUUAUUUUUUAGUGGCGUUUAUUUUUAUUUAUUUAUUUAUUAUUAUUUUUAUUUUGUAUAAUAUUUGCUUGAUCUCAACUUGUUCGGUCAUCAGCUUUGUCCCCCCACCCCCCACCCCCACACGGGUGGGGGGAGGGCUUUGCAGUGGAUGCGGAUAUUAACAUGGCAAGUUAGGAGGAUAUAUCUUGUGAAUGCUGCUUGUACUAGUAAAAGGUUGGCAAAAUUUUUGUUCAGGAAUUGAUUAUAAAAUCAGAGAAUUUGUUGCCUACAAGAUAUUUUAAUGUGGUUUGUCAUGGUUGAUAUGAGUUUAUGAGUUUCCAUUUCUUUUCCUCUUAUGCCCCCCGAUGGAGGUGGAUUUGCGGUUGUGUAAGUUUGGGGUAUAUAUCCUGAAUGCUGCAGAAUUUUACAUUUAUUAGUAUGCAUUUUCGCAGGAGUAGCAAUUUGACAGAGUUUGUCGCCACGAAGGUUGAUGAUAUAAUUCAUUAAUCAUAUACUUUUCUGUUAGAUUCAAUUUCAAGUAUGGUCUGAGCUGAGUUCCUGGUGUUCAUGGUCCCAAUUUGAGGUUUUUCGUAUCCUAAAUACAUGUUCCUGCCGCUAUAGCAUUGGAUGCCGCUUUUGGUUGAUUUAGAUGUUUUGGCUUCAUCGCCAUGGAGGUACCUUGUCCCAGCUGAUUUGACUGUUGGCCAGUUUGUUUAUGUGGUUCGAAUCUCAGUGCCGAGAAGGCCAUAUUUGUCUUUGUUAAAAACAUUCUGCCACCAACUGCUGCUCUGAUGUCUGCAAUUUACGAGGAAAACAAGGAUGAAGAUGGAUUCCUUUACAUGACAUACAGAGGCAAAUCCAGGAUUUAGCUUAAUGGUGUUCAAACUUGCAUUAAGCUCAUUAUACUAUUAAAAGUAUGAGUUCAGAUCUAACAUUUAUUGAGAUUUUAGUAGGUUUUUACAUAGGGAAACUU